AUGCAGGUCUUGACAAUUCUCGUCGCCCUGGCGGCGCCCAUGGCAGCGUCGAAGAAACAUGAAGGAAAAGACCAUUUACACCCUGCGCAACGUCGACAAGUGCAAGGGCUGGGAGUGCUGGCAUCCCCUGCGCCUGCUACAGCAAUAGUCACAACACCAUCCGUCACACCGACGAUAUUGUCCUAUGUUUUCCCAACGACCGUGAUCCAGGAGCCCGUUGCGACGGUAUGCCCUGAUACACCAGCCUCAUCAGCAAUCUUCUCCAUCCUCCCUGUAUCCUCGUUGUCAUUCGCGGGAGAGUCAUCCAACGCUACACGUGCCUUGACGAACAAUACCACAAGGUAUAUCCCUAUCCAGGUCAAUGCUACGGCCUUGUUGCCGAACGGGAGUACGACAGUGUUCCUGUCAGCGACUGCGACGGCUUCGCGGCGGCCAUUCUCCGCCUCGCCAGAGCCUAUCUCAUCCAACACUGGCGACGAAACGACGGGAGCAGCAGCAACAGCACGCAUAAUUUUGGACAGCAAUGGAUGUCAGACGGUGUACAGCGCACGGACAACGACGAGGUGUUCCACCACCGUCAAGCCAGCAGGGAUGGUUGCAGUAUCCGUCACCGAUUGCGAUCAAUGGAUCACGUUCUCCAGCCAGAGGCUCGACGCAUGCUCAACGGAAGCUGCCGCCGCACCGACUGUCCCUGGCCUUGGAGAUGAUGCCGCCGCCGCCGCCGGUGGUCGUCCUCCAAUGGUAUAUUACUUGGCGCACUGGUACGACCUUGUGCAUGGCGCGAUCCCCAACCAUGUCCAGGUGCAAAAUUGUCUGCCGGGCUCGACGGCGUGGGAUUGCGCGACUUCCAGCGAGAGCUGGGACGUGGUGACGUCGACGACGACAAGCACGGGCACCACCGUGGCGUCGUUUGCAGGGCCUGCGAUCAUGACGGUAGGUGCGUCCACCUUGACGACGACCCUGUCGUUUGAGACAACCCGCACGACAACAGCGGUGAUCACGUCGUCGACGAUCGCGCGGCAUCGGCUAGGAGGAGACGUCGCGGGCAGUAGUGGCUCGUCGUCAGAGCGGACCGUCACCGUGUUGGUCACGAUGCCGACGACGAGGACGUUGUCCCUGGAUUCGGUGACGCGGACGACCGUCACGGUCCGGCAGACCUCGACUCUGCACGUCACGGAGACGAGGACGAGGACGAGGACGAGGACGAGGACGAGGACGCAGAGCGUAGAUGGUGGAUGA